UGAAACAAGAGCACUUCCCUCUCUCUCUCUCUGACGCACUCGCGCGCUGUCAAACGAGAAUGGCUCCAACUGCAACUGUCAACAUGGACUUUGCCAACUCCAAGCAGCUCUCCAACAAGGAAAAACACAAACUGAGAAAGCCUGCGGUGGAGAAGAUGCGUCGGGAUCGCAUCAACAACAGCAUCGAGCAGCUCAAGGCCAUGCUGGAGAAGGAGUUCCACAAGCAGGACCCCAACGCCAAGCUGGAGAAAGCCGACAUCCUGGAGAUGACCGUGCUCUUCCUGAAGCAGCAGCUGCUGCAGUGCCACAGCCAGGCCGGCGGCGGCCGCGGCCCUCAGCAGCAGCAGCAGCAGGCCCACAGCGACGGCUACUCGCAGUGCUGGAGGGAGACGCUGCACUUCCUGUCGCUCAGCUCCAAGGUGGACGCCAGCGUCCUGCACCUCAGUCAGCAAGCCAGCAGCGGCGGCCGUGGCGUGUCAGCGUCGACACCCAGCAGCCUCCUCCCCAAGGACCUGCACCUGUCUCCUGUCAGUCUCAAGCAGAGCCAGGCUCCCCUGAAGCCCGGCGCCGUCACACAGAAGCCGGUCUGGAGACCCUGGUAGUCUUGGUCGGAACCCACCAAACCCCCACAACAAAAAACUUUCAGACUCCUGUCUGUUAACAUGUGAACUUGAUGGAUGUGUUACUAAGCCGUCAUGCUGUAGGAGAUAUGUAUUUCCAAACGUAACGUUUGCCUUCAUAUUGGAAUGGCGUAAACGUGCCCUUGUGAUGUUUCUCUCGAAGAGAAGUUGGAAUCUGUAUUAUUUCGCUUCAUGUUGAAGUGCUUCCUCCGAAAUGAAAGCUUUGCCUUUGUAUUUCAUUGUUAACACAACUGAUUAGUUGUAGUGACUCUAUAUUUGGCUUGAGCAUGUACAAAGUAAUUGUCUCGUGCGUUAUCAUAUUGAUAAUCACGUUGGAUGCUAAAUUGUUACUCAGAAUCAGAGUUUCAUUGUAUAGUUCAUUUGAACGUUGAUUAUAAUUGAGUGCAUAAUUUUGUAUGGACUACUCCAAAACUGUUUCUGAUCCAC